UUUUUUUCUUUUUUUUUUAUUUUAUUAUUAUUAUCUCGAAUUUUUAUAUCUAGUAAUGUCUUCCAAUUCACAAUAUCCUCCUCCUCCACCUCAAGUUCCUACUGGAUGGUUAGCACUCUGGGACGAAACUGCUCAACGUUAUUAUUAUGUUGACCAAAGCACCGGUGUAACACAAUGGGAACAUCCUUCUUCAACAUCAAGUAUGCCACAACAGCAAUCAGGACAACAACAAUAUGGAGGCUACUCAUCAACAUCAAACUAUUCGCCCAACAAUGGCAUGCCAAAUGGUGAGGCUGGAAGCUAUAUGUCAUCUGGUAACAAUACAGGUUAUCCUUCUGGUCAACCUCCUAGUUAUGGUAAUGUAUCUGGAUCAACAUCAGCACCUGGUGUAACUGCAACACAAGAAGGCGAUCGAGGCUUGGGAUCUAUGCUUGGCGGUUUUAUGAAGCCUCAGCAUGGUAGUAGCAGUAACAACAGUGGUAGUGGAUUCCCAAUGAAUGCAGCAGGAGGUGCUCUGGCUGGUACUUUACUGACAUUGGCCGCAGGGAAACUGAGUGGGAAACAACAUAGUGGCGGUGGUGGCUUACUUGGCAAUUUAAUGGGUGGCGGUCAUCAACAAGUAAGAUAAAAUAAUAAAAAAAAAAAGUGGAAAUAGAGGAGAUCGAGUAUGAAUUGAUAUUCACCUUUUAUCAUCUUUGAAUAUGUUUGUGUAACAGGGGCAUUAUCCUCCUCCUCCACCUCCACCUCAAGGCUAUGAUAGUUACGGCGGUAUCUACGGUUAUGGAUCCCAUCAAGAAUAUGGUCAUCAUGGUCACCACGGUCAUCAUGGGCAUCACGGUCAUCAUGGACAUCACGGACAUCAUGGGCAUCACGGACACGGUCAUCAUGGUGGAUGGUAGCUGGACCGUAUAGGAAAUUCAUAUAUAAUAUAUAGUGUAGUAUAAUAUUGUGUAGUUUAGUUCUUUUAUUGCUACUUGAAUAUUGAAUCAUGAAUAAACUGUAUAAACAUUUACCUUCA